CCCAAUACGGGCCCAAUGACAAACCCUCGUUCAUAUUUAACUUAGCUCCGAUCCGAUCAUCGUUGAAACUAGUCCGACCCGCCGGUGACGAUGGAUUUACAGCAAAAGCAGCGGUGCUGGAAACUUGAAGCCGAGGUUUUAGAUAGCGAUUCUUCAUGGAUCAGUGGAUUUGACCCUUCCAAGAAGAAGAAGAAGAAGAAGAAGAAGAAGAGCAAGCCUCUGGUACGCGAAGGCAACAUCUUGUUGCAGGAAGGAGGACACUUUUUGGAGGAUAAUGCACCACACAGUCAAUCUUGCCAGAACUUUGAUGAGCCAGAUUAUGGCUACAAGGAGCUCUUGCGUAGGGCGUUUGAUAGGCUUCGUGAUGACGAUCUUGAGGCUUCUACAGAAAGGCCAAGAACAGUAAUGAUGCCUCCUCAUCUCCUUGCACAAGGGACGGUAACAGUUUGUUUAAACUUUGCUGAUCUCUGCAGAACGAUGCAUAGGAAGCCAGAUCAUGUUAUGAAAUUCUUGCUUCUCCAAAUGGAUACAAAAGGAUUGUUGAACAAACAGCAACGGCUAGAGAUGAAGGGUUUAGUGUCUCAUAGGGAUUUUCAAGCUGUGUUACGGAGAUACAUUGAUGCGUUCGUAAUCUGCAUCUGCUGCAAAAGUCCUGACACAGCUCUCGGGGAAUAUAAUGGUCUCUUCACUCUCAGAUGUGAGAUGUGUGGUUUAGCAGCAUUGAUCAAUGUACCAAGUCCCCUUUAACUAACUCAUCAAGAUAUGGAACUUAUAGAGCCACCUGCUGGGCAAGGUUUCGCUGUAAGGAGGAUUAUAUUGCUGAGGCAGCACGCAAACGGUGCAAAUUUGCUGAGAGUAACGUGUCUUUUCUAUGCACGUAAUGUAAGAAAUCCUGAGAAAAAACGAAAAGAAACAAAACAAAAAAAGGAUGACUCAUCAGUCACUUCUCUAUGAAUUGACUUUAAAAGAUGGGUGGGUUGGUCCGAAGCUUGCACGGAAAAAUUGAAAUGGACAUGUCAGCUAACCCUAGUGGGUGCGCUUCGAAUCUUAGCUUGGCAGUGACAGAUUACUUUGGAACUGUCUCACGUAUCAGUCCUCUGAUUGAUAUCUCUCCAACAUGUGCUGAAACCUAGGACCCAUUCUCUUGCCUUGUAAGUUAAAGUUUUGGAUUAUAAAAAAUUGAGUCCAUCUUUUGUUGGCUUUGAAUAUAUAUACUUCAAAA